AUGUAUGACACAGGAACAAGCACCGGGAAGUGUGUGCCUUACCACUUGGAGGUAGCUUACAGUUAUCAGCUGGACCUGAGCCACUCCAAGUGUGUGGACGAUUUCCAAAACAGCACCAACAUUAAGCGGCUAAGCCUUAAGAGAAGGCCCAAAGUGGCCAUAAAUAAUGUGGAAAAACCACAAAGUGACACUUCACUUGGCCAGUGCCAUUCCUCAGAAUCCCUGCCAUCAUCUAGUAGUGAUGAUAAUAGACUACUGGCCACGUCGUCAAAGACCAGAGGUCGCCCCCCGCUUCCUCCACCCCAUGGAUCAACCUUGGAUAUCCCACCAUCCAGGAAUGAUGGACCCACAGCCUCUCAGAUGCCUCCUGAGUCGAAGCCUAAGCCUGCAGCAAGAUCUCUGACUUUACCCAAACACAAUUCUCUUGUGGAAAAGAUGCUGAUGGAAACAGGCAAAUGUUUGGAACAGGAGAGGACCAUCCAGCCUCCACCUGAGCCCCAUCCUCGUAGACGACUUGCCAGCUUUGGAGGAGUAGGCUCCACUGGAUCCCUCUCCCCCUUCACUGGCUUGGGUGCAUAUAACCAGAACAACAAUGGGAACAAACCUACCGGCACUGGGGGUGAUUUGUCUGUCCAAUUCAGCUCCUCCCUGGGCAGCACAGGGUCCUUGAGGCUGAGCCCACAAAGCUCUGGCAGAUCCACCCCAGUUACAAGUCUUGGUUCCAUGCACUUGCAGCAUGUCCGUGACCAGAUGGUAGUAGCUCUGCAAAGGCUGAAGGAGCUAGAAGAGCAGAUCAAAAUCAUUCCUAUCCUACAGGUGAAGAUUUCAGUCCUUCAGGAGGAAAAGAGACAUUUGGUCUCUCAGUUAAAGAACCAGAAUGACAACCAAGACAUAUCUGAUAUCAUUUGGAAGAGAGCAUACAGUAUGGACAGUUUUGACCAACUCCAGAGGGUCUGUCAGGUUGACAAUGAAAGUAACAAUACUGGCCUCAGGGAAUUCAGGCAACUGACUGAAGAGAUGCAGGCAUUGGAAAAAACCAUCAAAGGUGGACGUUUGCAAGCACAGCACGCAAUAAGUAAGAAUACACCGCACGACAAAUCCAUCAAGUCAGUUGCCCCUGCAAGUGAUGAAGAUGUAGGCAUCAUCUUGUCCAAACCCCCAAAAGAAAACAAAUAUGUGGACACUGAACACAUAGAGACAAGAUCUGUUGCAACAGAAGUAUCUGAAUUCAAUCUUGGAAUUGUCCCAGAGCGGGAUACAGAGCUUGAUAUCCAGCAGCAAAUAAUUGAGACUCUGAAGGAGAGAAUAUGUCACUUGGAAGCAGAGUUGAAAGAGUCAGCUCUCCAGUCAGAGAUGAGCCGUCUAAAGCUGGAGCUUCAGGCUGCAGGGAUUAGGAACCGGGUUGACAAGGCCUCCAUUGCUAGACCAUCUACUGAGAGCAAAGGCACUGAAGCUAGGGCCCAAACCAGGAGCCAGGGAGUGGGUAACCAUACAGAGCUCCGAGAUGCCAGCACAGGGGAGUGCACUGAAGUGAAGGGGUGCAGCGUGGGGGUAUCUUGUAGGCCUGAGCUUAGAAAUGUAAGUACAGGUUCAGAUGCAUCGAUGAGUCACUGGGUGGUGAGGGAGCGAGGGGAGACCAGGGAACAGGGUGUAGGGAUACAAGUUAUUACAAAAACACAGGGGGUUGGAACAGAGAUAGUGGUAUGCAAUGCAGAAACCAACACAGAUAUAACAAUGGAGAAUUUGGGGUCUGUGAAAGGACAGAUAGAGUAUCGUUCAGUGGCGUGUGGGGACUGUUCGGUUAAUGUAACUGUUAGUGAGGCAAAGGAAGUGGUUUCGCAUGGAGUGGCUACAGAACCAGUCAGAGGGAUUGAUCAGGGUAUCAUGGCAUCUCCGCAGACUGCUUCACAGCGCACCAACACAGUGUCCAAUUCAGUGUCCCGCUUUACCAAUACCAGAUGUGCCUUCAACACCAACUCCAGCACCAACACUGUCCUCAAUACCCAAGAGAAGCACACCAACACUGCACAAACAGUUACUAGGACAGUGUUUGUUGGGAACAGCGUCCGAGACAUUCAGGGUAUCCCAGAAACCCGUUCAAUUGGCGUAGGAACGGAAUCUUUGGCAGGAAGUGCCUUAAAACAAAUACCAAUGACUGCAGUCAAGGCAACCCGGGACAUAGGUGUUGGAUUCACAAACAUUAACGAUAAUUUCCUUAUUGGACUAAAAACACGGAAUAUGGCCUGUGGACCUUCCCAUCUACCUGACCCCACCAAGACUAGGAGCAUCGGUGUAGGUGAAGGAAAAAUACGGGAUUUGUCUGGUUCAUACCGAAUACCUGGCCAGCAUUCUGGACAGUCCCAGUGGGACCCAGAGCUGAACCAUUACAUAGAGAAGAUGCAGAGGUUGCUAAAGGAGCAGCAGGACCCUCUCACAGACAGCUACAGUGAGCAGGUGUUUGUGCAGCAGCAAAACAGCCUGGGAAAUAUUAGCUCUAAAGUGCCGUGUAUAAACACAGCCAUGACACAAGGAGGAACAGAAAGCCUUCUAGACCCACAGUCCGCAGCCAACAGACCAUUUCCCUCCCUAUCUCAGCUCUCAAAUGACUCCUCCAAAAGUGAUAAAGGAAAGUCAGGAAUCUGUCAACCUGGUGAUUCAGAGGUGAAAAGAAGGAUUCAAUUGAUAGAACAGGCAUCCUCAGCUCUAGAAGACAGGCCAACUAAUGUCAAUAUGCUGCGGUCUACCAUGAAGAAACAAAGUGGUGACCAAGUCUGUAGCAGCAACAGGAAGACCAUGAAGUUUAUGGGGGUGACCACAGGGUUUAAGCUAAGUGAAAAGAUGUUUUCUGCAUGUCAAGCCUUAAGGAUCCACCUGAAUGAUGACACAGCUUUAUCCGGCAGGGAUUUGGAUGCUUGUGUACACACAGUCCAGGAGGAGUGGUUCCGCGUGUCCAGCCAAAAAUCAGCUGCUCCUAACAUUGUGGAGAACUACUUGGCUACAUUUAGGAGCAUAUCACCCUCACUGUUGCAACAUGUAGCUAAUAUGGCUGAUGGCAAUGGAAACACAGCUCUUCACUACAGUGUGUCUCACUCCAACUUUGGUGUUGUCAAGAAGAUUCUGGAUGCAGAGGUGUGCAGUGUGAAUCAGCAGAACAAGGCAGGCUACACGCCCAUCAUGCUGGCUGCUCUUGCAGCUGUGGCGACUCCCGAGGACAUGAGAGUGGUGGAGGAGCUCUUCACCAAAGGAGAUGUCAAUGCCAAGGCGAGCCAGGCAGGCCAGACAGCACUGAUGCUGGCAGUGAGCCAUGGCAGGAUGGACAUGGUGCAGGCACUUCUGGCACAGGGGGCAGAGGUUAACCUCCAGGACGAUGAGGGCUCCACGGCACUGAUGUGUGCAAGCGAGCAUGGCCACACUGACAUUGUUAAACUACUGCUGGCACAGCCGGACUGCGAUGCCACCCUGACUGACAGUGAUGAAAGCACAGCCCUGUCCAUCGCAUUGGAGGCAGGACAUAACGACAUCGCAGUGCUCCUUUACGCUCAUACCAACUUCUCCAAAGGACAGUCUGGGGGAGCUGCUCGUCUUGGUGGCAAGUCACUCUCUUGCUCUGGUGGAAGAAAUGUCUUUGAAUGACACGAUGCCCCAACGCAUCCUUUUGCUGCCUUGGACAAUGCGAACGGAUGUUUGAUUUAUGAUAAUCAUGAGGCCCUUCAGUGUGAAAGCUCCAAGUAAAGUAUUGUUCAUAAUAUUUCAAGAAAUCUUUGAGGUAUUUUGAAGUUGUUAGAGUCAAACCUUGUUGGAUAUCAAGCUGGCAAGAAUGAUACUU